ACCCUCCACUCUCCGCUUCUGCACUUUCCUCUCUUUUUCUCACUCCUCAACUUUCUCUCACUACACCGUCUCCUUUCUCCGUCGACAAACCCUAAGCCCAUUCAUUUGCCCUCAGACCAAUUUCCCGGGCCGGUCCCUAAUAUUCGACCCGAUCCGCGCGUGGCUACCGUCUUCUCGGUGGUGCUGGUGCUGCUGGUGGAAAUGUACAAAAACCAGCUUCAAGAGCUGGCCCAACGGAGCUGCUUCAACCUGCCUUCAUACACGUGCAUUCGGGAAGGUCCCGAUCACGCGCCCAGGUUCAAGGCCACCGUCAACUUUAACGGCGAGAUCUUCGAGAGCCCUCACUACUGCUCCACUCUCCGUCAGGCAGAACACUCCGCCGCCGAAGUCGCUCUCAAUUCCCUAUCCCACCGUGGCCCUUCCCACUCCCUCGCCGCCAAGAUCCUCGAUGAGACUGGAGUGUACAAGAACCUUCUACAGGAAAUUGCGCAAAGGGUAGGAGCCCCAUUGCCUCACUACACAACGUACAGGUCUGGCCUAGGCCAUUUACCUGUUUUUACCGGGAUAGUAGAGCUUGCUGGAAUCUCAUUUACUGGAGAACCCGCAAAGAAUAAGAAACAAGCUGAGAAAAAUGCAGCUAUGGCAGCUUGGUCGGCUUUGAAACAAUUGGCAAAAGAGACUGCAAGCUCCUCUACGGAACCAGAGAACAAUGAUGAACUGGAACAGAUCACAAUAGCGCGGGCUUUGCUGAAUUACCGUUUGAAGGAGAAGAUGACAACGUCUAAUCCAAACACUCCCAUUCCAUUUCAUAAAAGGUUUCAGAUUCAAAAUCCCAGACCAAUCAGUUCUCAACCACCGCCAGCCACUUCGUCAAAAAUCCUUCCCCUAAUUUGCCAAAGGACCGCACCUCGAAGCAAGCCAUCAAUGGCAACAGCAAAUGAAAGUCCUCGACACAGGCAUCCACAGGCUGCAGUGACCAGCGACAAUUCCACCCUACCACCACAGUCUUGUGCUCUAGAAAGCCGAGGGAUCCGUCCCCUUAAGUUCCCUGCAGUAGGAGCAGCCCCUUAUGUUCCUAUUCGACAAAUGAGAUCAACUUGCCAAGGGAUUGCUCCUGCAGUGACUAUACGGACUGUGGUGCCAGCAUUCGCUGCACCACCUUGUCCACCACCUGCCUCAGUGCCACCCCAUCCUGUAAUACGGGCUUCUCCAAUGCGAGUUGCUCCUGCAGUCAAUAUUCGGCAGGCUGUUCCUGUAUAUGCUGCUCCACCUCCAAGAAGGGAUGAACCUGCUCCCAUCCAAAAGGAUCUACCAACUGCCAGUGCCUCUUGCCAACAAGAUAAACAACCAAUUAAAAUUCAAGAGACGGACAAGGCUGAGAUCAUCGAGACUAUGCCUAUUUUGGAGCAGCUGAAAAUUUGAAAUUUAUUGAAGUAGGUCUGAUCCAUGGGAACACUGUCAUGUUUUUGUACUUGAUCCUAUAAUGAGUGAUGUUAAAUCAUCCGUUCUUUUUUCCUUCCUCACCCCAUUUUGUCCUGUUAAAUGUGACAGUUGCCGCAGGUUGAUUAGUAUCAGCAGUUCAAUUUCUGUGAAAUUCAAGGGCAGUUUGGAUUUAAAUUUUA